UUGUUUUGCGCCGCUCAGUUCGGGCAUGUCGGGUUGAUGAGACUAGUGGUUGAGUUCGGGGCUGAGAUCCACGCGAGGAAUGCCGACGAGGCGACUCCUCUCAUCCUCGCCUCCUUCCACGGCAACUUGGACUGCAUCGCCGAGCUGCUUCGAGCUCGAGCUGACGUGAACGCCUGUGACGCGGACAAGUACACGUCGCUGAUGUGGGCUGCCUUCAAGGGGAGGCGAGAAGCUGCAGUCUACCUCAUCGAGCACGGGGCGGACAUGAGCGUCAAGUCCAAGGAAGGGAACUCGGCCCUCACCUACGCGGCAUACAGCGGAUGCGAGGAGCUCGUUGACUUCAUGCUUGAUCGAGGG